UAGCACCCAUUUGCACCCUACUCAGAAAAUCUACAUAUAAAAAAGGUGACAGAAAAAUGUACCAAGUUUAAUGCAGUAAUUGAAGCUGCCUCUUAUCGUAAUCUCUAUAACAUUCAUGCUUUUAGGGUGAAGCUAUUAGCCAAUGUAGCAAGCUGUUACUACUAGGCCAAUGUCAUACAAAAGUACAAGCAAAAAAAGCCUAAGUGCAUCAUCUCUUAUAGCUACUUCAGCAAUCAUUGUCACAGAAACCUAAAACAAAAAGUGGGUGGGUCAAGGUGGUGUGUCUCUUUAACCUUGAAGGAUGCAGCAGCUGUAUUUCUUUGCAAAUUAAUUCAGGGGUGGUUCUAGGGAGAGAAAAAAAACAAGAACAAGAAUCAGUUUCACAUUGCAGUUCGGAGUUUCUGGGUAAAGGAAAACAAGACAUGGUGAAUAUCGGUGUCCUCCACGUGUAUCUCCCGCACACAAUCGAGUGGAUAACUGGCAUCAGAAAUGCUCAGCAAACCAUGCAGGAUGAUUUACUGAUGGACAAAAACAAAGCCCAACCUCAUCAGCAAGAAGAUCCAGCAGUAGACCCUCCCUUCACCCCAGCCCCCUCGGAUCCCCCUACAUUAGAUGAGAGCCCGUCGAGUGUGAGCAACCAAGCAGCUUCAGCGCUCAACAAAGAGAAAGUGCCGAUGGAGUCUCCGAUCCUGCCAGGCUUGAGUUUUCAUCAGCCGCAGGAAACCGGUGGCACCCUGUCCCCCUCAUUUGGUAGCACUUGGUCUACUGGAACUACGAACACUGUGGACGAAAAUUUUAAUCAAGGAAGACCCUCGGUGAACGGAACAAUGCUUUUCCAGAACUUCCCCCACCACAUAAAUCCGGUAUUUGGAGGCAAUUUCUCACCUCAGCUUGGCUUGGCACAGUCUCAGCAUCCACAGCAGCAAGCCCAGCACCAGCCAGCGCAGCAACGGAGAUCCCCUGUUAGCCCCAACCACGGUCCUUUUCCACAGAGAAACGCUUACAAUCACCAGUCUGUCAUGAAUAGCAAGGCUUCUUCACCUGCCUCAUCUUCGGGUUGGAAUAAUCACCAAAAUGGCACUUGGAGCACAGCCUCCAAUCCAUGGAGUGGUCUCCAGGCAGGCAGGGACCCGCGAAGAGCUGUGGGAGUCGGGGUUGGUGUGGGGGUCGGUGUAGGGGUGCCUUCUUCCAUGAACCCCAUCUCCCCGAUGAAAAAGCCCUAUUCUAGCAACGUUAUAGCACCCCCAAAAUUCCCGAGAGCUGGUCCCCUCACCCAGAAAUCUUGGAUGGAGGACAACGCCUUAAGGACGGACAACAGCAACAAUAUGCUGCCUUUUCAGGACCGGAAUCGGCCCUUUGAUGCAUUUAGCUUGCACUCUUUGGAGAAUUCCUUAAUGGAUAUGAUAAGGACUGAUCAUGACAAAGGUAAACCACACCUUGCUGGUGGCCCACCAAUGAGUAUCGCUGAUAUUAUAUGGAGGAAUCAUUUUGCAGGAAGCAUGGGUCUGAACUUUCACCACCCCGGAGCAGAUCACAUUAUGCCAUUGAACACCAGGAGCUAUGGCCGCAGAAGAGGUCGCUCUUCACUCUUUCCCUUUGAGGACGGUUUCCUGGACGACGGGCACGGUGACCCCUCUCUGACCCCGGGGUUGAACUCGCCCACGCGCUGUCAGAACGAAGAGCGGAUGGAGCGCUACUCCAGGAAGGUGUUUGUUGGAGGCCUGCCCCCUGACAUAGAUGAAGAUGAGAUCACCAACAGCUUCCGUCGCUAUGGACACCUGGUUGUGGAUUGGCCCCACAAAGCCGAGAGCAAGUCCUACUUUCCACCUAAAGGCUAUGCCUUCCUGCUGUUCCAAGAGGAGACCUCUGUCCAGGCCCUGAUUGAUGCCUGCAUUGAGGAAGAUGGCAAGCUUUACCUGUGUGUCUCCAGCCCAACUAUCAAGGACAAGCCAGUCCAGAUCCGCCCCUGGAACCUAAGUGACAGUGACUUUGUGAUGGACGGCUCCCAGCCUCUGGACCCCCGAAAAACCAUCUUUGUGGGGGGCGUGCCCCGGCCUUUACGUGCAGUGGAACUAGCUAUGAUCAUGGACAGGCUGUAUGGCGGCGUGUGCUACGCCGGCAUCGACACUGACCCGGAGCUCAAGUACCCCAAGGGGGCGGGCCGCGUGGCCUUCUCCAAUCAGCAGAGCUACAUCGCUGCCAUCAGCGCCCGAUUCGUUCAGCUGCAGCACAAUGACAUUGACAAACGGGUUGAGGUGAAGCCCUACGUCCUGGACGACCAGAUGUGUGACGAGUGCCAGGGGGCGCGUUGCGGGGGGAAGUUUGCCCCCUUCUUCUGUGCCAAUGUCACCUGCCUGCAGUACUACUGUGAGUACUGCUGGGCCAGUAUCCACUCCCGGGCGGGCCGAGAGUUCCACAAGCCACUGGUGAAGGAGGGGGGCGACCGCCCUCGACAAGUGUCCUUCCGCUGGAGCUGAGGGGGUCGAGAUGAGCCCUCGCACCCCCCCCCCUUCCCCACCACCUCGACAUCAGUGAAAAGAACUACAAAUACAUGGUUCUUUCUCUUUCAAACUACAACGCUUGACUACAAACUCAUUGUCCAGUGUACCCUUAUGAUAAUAGGGUGGGGAAAAAAAUGUAUUGCGUAAGUCUAUCUGCUUAGAAUUUGCACUGUGGCACAAAUACUCACUAAACACACAUGGGAUGGUAUGUUAGAGAAACCUGAUUUAUGUUUGAGUCCCCUGUUCCAUGACCAGGUGGGUCAGUGUCUCCUGUAGAACCCCAUGGAGCUGUGGCAGAAGUGAUACUAUACAGUACAUAUAUAUUUAAAAGGUAUAUUCUUUUUGUUUUAUAUAUCUAUCUAUACAUAUAUAGAUAAUUACAUUCUAUGUGAAAGGAACAUGCACUUAUUACAUUUUAUUUUAGGAUAUUGCCCCUUGUAAAAAAUAUUACCAAAGGCAAAAAUAGAAUUAAUGCAUACAGAAAAACUGAAUGGGUGGCAUAAGAUGUAGCAAGACUAAACAAUUAUCCAGUAGUGUGGGCCACAGUAGCCCAGAUACAACUAACAUGGCUAUAUUUUCUCUCUAUUUUGACUUUGAAAAUAGUCAAAUGAAUACCUCAAGGCGAAAUCAAAUUUUGUUUUGCUUUGAAUUAGUAGGUCUUUGUUUAUAUUCAACAUUAUUUUCUAGCAUUAUGUUAAUGUAAUGCCACAAUAGCUUUUGCUGCUAAAUCCAUGGUAUUAACAGAUACCGUAGUAAUUUAUUCAGGCUAGGGUGUUAUAGCAAUUAUGAUGGCACCUGGUGAUAAGGAUGAUGACAGGCUAUCAUUGCAGGUAGACUUGCGGUUAGGCCAGUAACCGAAAGGUCGCUGUUUUGAAUCCCCGAGCCGACUGUGAUGAUGUGCCCUAGAGCAAGGCACUUAAACCCUAAUUGCUCCUGUAAGUAGCUCUGGAUAAGAGCGUCUGCUAAAUGACUCAAUGUAUAUUUUUUUUAUAUAUAUAUAAUGAUGAGAGGGGGUUGUCCAUUACUAAAUUAUGCCUAGUAUGUUGCGGGGUAAAGGGGGUGGGGGGUCACCCCUUAAUGCAUGUAUACAGUAUUUCAAUCAAGUUGCUGCAUGCAAUAUAAUUUAAGUAUCAUGUCUACUAUUCAAAUCUGCCCAUGUUUGCACAACAUGCUAUAGAUGUACGUACGACUAGCAAGGAACUGGACACAAUAGGGAAGACAGACUGGUCAAAAAUCCAACACCUUCAGUGAGAUAUAAGUUAAUAGCCACAGGGGCAGUAUGAACACUGCUUCUGCACAAGGUGGCUAACCUAACCAGAUGACGAAAACGUAAUAUGAAUCAUGAAUCCAACGAGAUGUAGGAUAUAUCAUUUAAGCUGUCUAUGAUAGGUGUAGUACUUUUUUGCAGUGAUUUGUUAAUAUAAUUGUGGAUUUUUUUAUACCAUAUGUAGUAAGGUCUGAGUAUGCCUAUAACUGUGAUUUGCUUUAACUGUUGUUGAUGUCCGACAAAAGUCAUGUGAAACUUCAUGAGCUAGUUUAUGCACACGUACACACAUUCACACAAACACCAGACCAGGGUUCAAAUACAUGUGUAUUUUAGUAUUCUUUUUUUUAUACUUAUUUUCUGUGUAUUUGAGUAUUUUCUAAUAAUGUGGCCUGUAUCAACUACUUCUAUUAUAAGUAUUUUCAAAUAAUUUCCUAUAAAAGCCUACUAUAUUAAAGUAUUUUCAAAUACCAGAAUUAACUGCAUGGGUGUAUAUUUGAGUAUUUUCAAAUACUUUCCAAGUGUAUUUCCAAAUGCAUUCCAAUAUUCAACUGCUUGUAUUUUCAAAUCAAAAAUAUGUUUUGAAAGUAAUUAAAAAUAACCGAAAUAGUAUUUGAACCCAGGUCUGACACACACUCACUUUACACAGGUUCUCGUUCUCUUACACACAAACACACACCUACGCACACAGAACAUAUGACAGACUUAAGUGAGCUUGACUCUGAGAAACACACAACCACUGUCUGUACCGUUGACAAAGCGUAGGAUCAUGUCCCCCAAAAAAACCAAAGAGCUCCCAUAUGUUCAACUUAAACCACCAACACAUACGGAGACCACAGAUGAUACUGCGCGAAGCAUUAAGCCCCAUGUCUGUGGGCUACAAGGUGCAAGUUAGAAACAUUUGUACUGUUGUGGUGACAAGGCAUUAAAGACAGUGAUGAGAAGACAGACCGAACAUUGAAGCUACUGGAGACUUGUGGUUUAGUUAACUGAGCUUCUCAGCCCGCACAUAACGUUGUCUCGACAUGGCUACGGGGUUGUAAUAACAUUGCCCGAACAUUGUGUGCUAUCUGGGUUUACCGUAUUUAUCCAGAUUUUCCUGCAAAGCUUGAAGUAGAAUAAUGACCUGCUAAAAUGGUGGACAUUUCAUUUUAUUUUUAUUGGAAAAAAAACUACAAAAAAAGAGACUAACCAUGAGUAAUAAUAAGUAUCCCUAUGAAAGUGAAUUCUGGGUGUUUUUGUGAUAUUUCUUUCCCCGCCCAGAAGGGUUUUCUAUGUUUGUUCCUUCUCUAUAAUAGACAUUUGUUAUGCACUACUCUUUCUAUCUGGACAGUUUUCAAGAGUCAGCUAUUUUUUUGGUUGAGAGAAAAAUGAAAAAGCGUGCUUUCUGACUGACAUGAUCUUUUUGCAAUACCUCAAUUUUGAAAUAUAUUAGGAGAGAAAUUGAUAUUUUCUAAGUUUAUUCAAAUUAAAAAAAGUAAUUACAUUUAUUCGAGAGAUUUAACAAGUGGUUGAUUUUUUUUUUUUUUGUCAUGCUUAUUUGCUUAAUUUUAAAUUGUAUUUUUUGAAAAAACAACUGAAGGAGCUAGAGCAUUAUAACUUUAAUAUAAUGAUGUUGUUAGCUGAAGUAAAGAGUCUACCUUAUUACAGAGGCGCUUAGAGUGAGUUUCCCGCUGGUCUGAUAACCCGUGAAAGCGCAGUCACUAAGACAAACAUAUGAGUGGUAGUCUUCCAUGGAAAACAUUAGUCCACCAAAAAAAUAAAAAUCUACGGAAUAAGUCUAUUAGGUGCUUAGAAAUAUAACUGAAGAUACUUCCCUUUUUUGUAUGUUUAUAAUCAAUAAUUUACUAUGCUGACCAGAAUUGUGAAAGAGAUCUUCUGUUCAUGUUAUUUUUUAAGAACACUUUUUUACGUUUCCUAAAAGUAUGUGCUCCCUUUUUUGUUUUGUAAAAGCAACAUACCUUGAUUUGUUAGCCUGACAUUGUUUAAAAAGAGACUGAGCAGAUGGAGGUGGAAAGAAAAAUGUAAUUUUUUAAAAUUAAGAGAUACAAGUAUAACUUGAUUUCAACUGUAACUUGAUUUAAAGUCCCCAAGGUGCAUCAAUUGAGUGGUGGCCUUCUAUUCACGCAAGACUUGAAUUAGUCAAAAAAUUAAGGCUAAGAACCUGUUCUUUGUUGUAAUGUGCAAUACUGUUUGUACUGUUUGUAAAAAAAAAAAAUUCAAAAAAGAAAAGAAAGAAAAAAAAAAAGGCGGCAUAAAUCUUUAUUUUCAUUGCGAUUCACUAAAAUCAUUUUCUACUGUUUAUUUACCUACUCUACAUGCUAGUACCUUCCAGUAGUAAUGUAGCCUUUGUACUGAGAACAUUUUCAUUAUUUUUUGAGAUUUUUACUAAAAAGAAAAGACUUUAAACAUAUUUAAAUAUUUUCAUUUUUAUUUUGUGUUUUCUUUACUUAUUUCUCAACCAUUAAGUUAUUUCUGGGGGAGACUUUCAUAUCUGGUCAAUGUCAUUAAUAUUAUUUAGCAUUUUUACAUGAAAUAAAUGAAUUUUAUGAUGCUAAUUCUUAAAAAAUUAUAUUUUUGUUUUGUUUGACUUUUAUUUUUGGAAGUUGAAAAACCUUUGUAAUAUUGUUACUUAAGUGUCUAGAUUUUGGAAAUGCAAAGCCUGUGUUAACUCGCUGAUGUUGCUUACAUUAGUGUGACGAUAAUAGAAGAAGAAAAAAAGAACACAAUGACGGUUGGUAUUACGUGAUUGGUAAUGUAAAACCAACUAAUAGGCAAUACAAUAAAAAGGCAGAAUGGAGCAGAAUGUUGUGAUAUUGUGGAAGCCGGACAAUGAUACUUACCUCUCCUACUGCUUCUGCUGCUACUACUAUAACCCCACCUUGUAUAGUCAAUGAUGUUACUUUCAAUAACGUUGUAUGGCCAUGUCGCACCACUUCCACUGAUGUGAGACAUCACAUUAACUCCUUAAAACGUAAAUCAUGUCACAUGAGCCCCCCUUUAGUUUCAGAUGGUGGGUUAACCCCUGUAGGAGCCUGAAAAGUGGCUAUGUGGACCAUUGAGAUUUAACUAUGAAUGUAAAUGUUAGGUGGAGGGUGUGACUUGUUGGAAUCCAUUCAUCGUAAUAAGAGGAGUCCUAAAUCUUUGGCAUGUUUUCUUUCUGUCCCCAAACCAGCUAGAUUGCUGUAGUGUAUGAACUGGCCUUAGAUUUGAAAUACAUUUGACCCAAGAAACCCUUUAACAUCCUCUUUGAUAUUAUGUGGUGUGUUCUUAGGGGAUGACAUUGACUUGAUUUUUGCCCUCAUUUACAUAGACUAGUAGUCCAUAUGAAGUGUUGUGACAUCACUUCACGUACUACAGUAUGGUCAUCAAUAAGAUAUAAAAACACCAAUGCAAAUGCUGGUCCAAGAAUGUUACUUCUAGCUUUUCUACCAGUUUGUACAGGUGGUGUUCUACUAAUAUCCUUAAUCUCUUCUACUAACCCAAUGGUUGCUUUCUCCUAAGGGUCAGUAUUACACUCAUACCACCAAGUAUUUGUCUAGUAUUUAUCCUUUUUCAUACCCUGACAAUAAUAAGCAAUUGUAUGUGCAACUGAAAGGCUAAGACUUGGUAGGAAGAAAAUCAUGUGUUUGGUGGAGGCAUUUUUAUAUAAUCCUCUUUAAUUAUACCUAUAUAUUUCAUGUAACACUAAAUUUGGAUAGUAUGUACUUAUGCUUCAUGGAUGUUCUCUCUGGGUAGUCAUUAGGCCUCUUCAUCAUGUUGUGAUCUCAAAAAAAGAAUUAUUCAAAACCUGCUCAAUAGUUUUUUGUUCUCAGACAAAAUCGCUUAAUUUAUUUUUCAAAGUUAUACUUUGUAUUUGUGGUUUGGUUACUGGUUCCAUCUUGACGAGGCUUUGAAAUCGUUGACUUGGAUAUAUACUACAAAUUCAGACAAGCAUAACUGGUUUAAAAAACAUGGGAGCUUCUAUGCUGCUAAUGCUUACUACUACUGCUUCAAGUGUGUAGUUUCCACCUUACUUUUCCCUUUUCUGUACUAAUAACUAAAUCGUAUUAAACAUAGUUGUAUGAUGCUGUGAAA